CCGUAGCCGGGUCAGGAAGCCCGGAAAGAUCGGCCUGGUGCAGAGGACACAGAUCGGGGUGUUCACAUCCUGUAGAAGGGCGAGCGGCGGGUGAGACUCGAGACCCGCCUCCAUGAAUGCACUGGUCCUGCUGUGAGGCACUCGGAUUGAGGAGGUCUAGAACUCUUACGCUCGCUGGCAGACUAGAAGCAAAUUAAACCGAGCAGGCAUCCACAGCUCAAACGACGACGACAUGGAGCUUUGAAGGUAGAAGUAGCACGGUGUCGGCCAUGGGUCAUCAGGACACAGCCGGACAAUGUGGACCACUUUCUUCAAACUACGAGUCUUCUGCUGUCUGUUUGCAGUGCUAAUGGUGGUGGCGUUGGUCGUCAAUGUCACUCAGGUGGAGUACUUGGACCAUGAGACGCUUUCAGGGACAUUCAUCGACAGCAGUGGACAGUUUGUUUCCCCGCAGGCUACGGGCAUUAGCCGGAAUCCGUACUGUGGUUAUGAGCACCAGGCCCUGUCCAGUCAGGAACGCUUAGAAGAGGAUGCAUUGCUUGCUGCCUCAAAGUGGCAGGUACCUGAUGUGGACUUGGUCCCUUUCGUGAAGAGCACCGACCCUUCCUCCAGUUAUUUUGUCAUCUUGAAUUCUGCAGCCUUCUUCGAGGUGGGGAGCCAGCUGGAGGUGCUGGUUCACGUGCACGAUUUUGAAGGGAAGCCCAAGAAAUAUGGCGGAGACUACCUGCAGGCCAGAAUUCACUCGCCCAAGCUGCAGGCGGGGGCUGUGGGCAGAGUGGUAGACUACCAGAAUGGAUUUUACAAAGUGUUUUUUACCCUGCUCUGGCCUGGCAGAGUUAGAGUGUCCAUAUCUCUGGUUCACCCCAGUGAAGGGAUCAGAGUUCUUCAGUACCUUCAGGAAGCGAAACCAGACAGGGUCUAUUUCAAGAGUCUCUUCCGCUCGGGAAGGAUUUCGGAAACGAUGAAGUGCAAUGUGUGCCUCCCGGGAAGUCUUCCCCUGUGCAACUUUACAGACCUCUACACCGGGGAGCCCUGGUUCUGCUUCAAACCAAAGAAGCUCCCCUGCAGCAGCAGAAUCAACCACUUCAAGGGCGGAUACAUGAAGGGCCUUCUCACUGCUGCGGACAGUGCUUUCUUUCAGAGUGGUGUCAAUAUCAAAAUGCCGAUCAACUCCAGCGGACCUGACUGGGUGACCGUGAUUUCCAGGAGAACGAAAGAAACUGAUGACCUAGAAAUAUCUCAAGGUUCAGGAAUUUUUCCUUCUGGAUAUUUCUACAAAGACCAGUGGAGGCCUAGGAGGUUUAAGAUGCGCCGUUUUAAUGACCCUGAUAACAUCACAGAAUGCUUGCAAAGAAAAAUGGUGUAUUUAUUUGGUGACUCCACCAUCAGGCAGUGGUUUGAAUACCUCACUAUGUUUGUCCCAGAUUUAGUGGAGUUUAAUUUGGGUAGUCCCAAGAAUGUUGGUCCCUUCCUUGCAGUGGACCAGAAACACAACAUCUUGCUCAAAUAUCGCUGCCAUGGUCCACCCAUCCGCUUCACGAGUGUCUUCAGUAAUGAGCUUCACUAUGUGGCCAAUGAGCUGAAUGGGAUUGUGGGAGGGAAGAACACAGUGGUGGCCAUAGCUGUGUGGUCUCACUUUAGCACAUUCCCCUUGGAAGUAUAUAUCCGGAGACUCAGGAACAUCCGACGAGCCGUGGUCCAACUCCUGGAUCGAAGCCCUAAGACUGUGGUUGUCAUCCGGACAGGCAAUGCCCAAGAGCUGGGGCCUGAGGUCAGCCUUUUCAACAGUGACUGGUACAACUUUCAGCUGGACACUAUCCUUCGGAGGAUGUUCUCUGGGGUUGGAGUCUAUCUUGUUGAUGCCUGGGAGAUGACCUUGGCUCAUCAUCUACCCCACAAGCUGCAUCCAGAUGAAGUGAUUGUGAAGAACCAACUGGACAUGUUCUUAUCUUACGUAUGCCCCUUGGAGACCUAACUAUCUACUAAAGGACUCACAUUCAGUGACCUUUCCAAUUGACUUGUAGGAUAGAAAAUUUGUGAUUGGCUCCAUUGUGAGAUGGAUGCGAUCAGUAUGUUUGACAUUUCAAAAAAAGAGCUGUACUUUGCAUAAUGACUUGUAAAGAACUUAGGCAGUGUAGACUGCAUUUGUAUCUACCUGUAGGAUUUUUCCGUCUUGACAUAGCCAUUGUAGAGCUCUUAUUAACAGCAUCUACACACUGUAUUGCCCUGUAACCAAAGAUGCUAACGAGUGUAUUUGAGCUAGCUUCUCUCGGGGAGGAGAUUUCUGUGCUAAUGCCUACCUGAAGUGUUUUGAGUAAACAGAACGGAUAGAUUUGGUUGGCAGUGCUAUGUCUUCCGUUUGCCUGGUAAAGGAAAUAUGGAACAUGUCUUCACGAACAGCACAAGGAUCCCUCCUCAGGAACAGAGCAUUUAUCGUCAGAGGUUCUCAUGGCCACGCUGAAGACUGCUGUAUCUCAGGAGUUUCUAUUGACUUUUUUUCCCCCUGAAUUACUUGGAAAGGCCAAUGUGUGUGGUCAGAAUUUUAUAAUGAGGAUAUUAACAAUUUCCUGCUUUUGUCUAGGGAAGAAGCUAAACAGAAGAGCAGAAAUCUGUGCUUUGGAUUGGUAUUCACAUUUGAUAAUUAUUUCUUACUUGAUUCAGCUACGUUUUAGGUGAUGAAUAGUUAUUCUAGAAUGACUGCUUUUGGAAACAAAUAUGGAAACAGAAGUUUAUUUUCAUGUUCUGGAGCGUGUGCGUUUUGAGAACUGAUUCUUAUGUAAAGAAUGCUGCUGACUGUCAUAACAUUGUAGACUUUCUCCAAUCAGCAGUUCCAAGUGUUCUUUUCUUUUAGCUGUCAUGAAGCAUAUGCUGAAUUAGACAUUAAACCAGAUCAGAAAUUAAUAAAAUUAGAUAUUAAAGUCUAAUUUUAAUUUUUUGAUUUGGGCAUAAAUUAUACAUAAACAUUAUCUCAUGCUUGGAAGUAAAAAGCUACUAUUUAGCUAUCUGUUAUUCCUGCUAGCUUUUCGUCUUUUCAGACUGUGGCUCAAACCCAAGGCCUUGACCAUACUAGGCGGGAACUCUGUGGAGUUACAUUCCUAACCCAUUUCUGAACAUCCAAAAAUCAAAGGAUUGGCCAUUUCUAUUGGACUUUGUCUUAAUUAAAUGGUUUGAAAUUAAAAUUAGGAUAUUUAGUAAGUAGUUUUUGCAUUACAAGAGGUUAUAAUUUACUUUUGCUUUCCCUAAACAGACAUGUAUAAACAUUGGGGUGUCUUAGGAGAUAAAGACAAGUGCUUAAAGCAAGAAAAAAAUGCACCCUCCAAAGAAUGAAAAAUUGGGGCUUGUAAUGUAGAGGAUUCAAGUUCUUCCUUUUCUACUCUCAAGGAGACUAGUAAGUUUAUAAAAUAUUUUGUGGGGGAAAGUUUUAUAAUUGUUUUUGGAGUCUGAGCAGGCCAGUGAAGCUAAACAUUUAUGACAGCUUAGUUUUUGCGGGACUGAGCAAGAAACUACUGGGGCCUUGUGCAUGCCAGGCAAGCUUUCUGACCCUGCACUAAACACCCAGUUCUGUUAUAUUUUAUAAUUACAGAAAGUCUCAGUAAGUUCACAGGUUGGUCUUGAGUUUGGUUUGUUGCUCACAUAGAUAGGCUUUGAAUCUGCUAUCUUCCUGCCUUUGUCUCUCCAGUAACUGGACCUAUAUAGGCUUUGCCACAGGCCUGCUUGCUUUAAAUGGUCCUUCAGCUUACAGUGUUUGAUAAAAAUGAAUUAGAGGCUCUGCCUCCAGGAAUUAUGGAAUUAAUCUUUGUGAUAAAUGCCCAGAGAUUCUGAUGCAGUUGUAGGGUUCCAUAUUUUGAGAAACAGUGACAAAGAAAAGAUUGAUCUAGAGAAGUAACAUUGCUUAUCUGUUAUUUAAAGGCUUUAUCAACUUCUUAAUUCUGGUCAUGAUUCAGAAAUAUAGGUGAUAAACUGGGUGGUGGUGGCACACACCUUUAAUCCCAGCACUUGGGAGACAGAGGCAGACGGAUCUCUGUGAGUUUGAGGCCAGCCUGGUCUACAAGAGCUAGUUCCAGGACAGGCUCCAUAGCUACAGAGAAACCCUGUCUCAAAAAAAAAAAAACAAACCAAAAAAAAAAAAACCAACCAACAAACAAACAAACAAAAAAAAACAAAAAACCAAACAAAGCAGAAAUAUAGGUGCUAUUAGCUCAUUUUUUUUUUUUUGUAUAGGAAGAACUGAAAUUUGAAUUGGACUAAGGUAUGUGGAGUCCAUGGCCCUGCUUAGCUACAACUUGUUUGACUUCUGUGAAGAGAUUUUAUGUUAGAGAACUUUUGAACAUUUCUUUAGGGAGGAUUUUGGGAGGAAGCCAAAGAAUCCCUUUCCCAGUGAAGCUUCAAGGACCACCCACCAUUAGUUUAGAGUGAUUUCUAUGGCUGGUUUCUUGUGACCUUGUUCAGUUUCUGCUUUUCAGUUUGCUGCACGAGGCCGUAGCGGUUUGAUGGCACGGUUUCUUGAAGCCCCUUUAGCACUUCCGUCCCCUGUUUAUCUUUAUCCACUCUGAUGUGGGAAUGUUUAUCCAAAUUAGAAUGUCGCUUAGAUAUUUCCCAGAACAGUUAGAUACAGGUUGAGCAUUUCUAAUCUGAAAAUCCAGAACUCUCCAAAAUCUAAAGCUUUUUGAAUCAAUGAGUCACACAAUGAGUCAGACAGAUGUGGGGCUGGAGACAUGGCUCAGAUUUUGGAGUAUUUGCUGCUCUUCCAGAGGACUGAGCCUGAAUCCCAGCACCCAUGCCAAGUGACUCACAAACCACCAGUAACUGACGCUACAGGUGGAUCCGAUGCCUAGUUUUGUCUACCUGUGUUCGUGUGGCAUUCACUCACACUGACAGACCCACAGACAUAGACUAAUAGACAGACAGACAGAUGGACGGAUGACCCCCCCCCCCGACAGAAACGCACACAUACACAGAUGAAAUACUAAAAACCAGGCGUAGCAUAUGCUUUUAAUCCCCGUUCUUGGAAGGCAGAAGCAGGCAGAUGCCUGUGGAUUCAAGGUCAGCCUGGUUUACUAGUGAGUUCCACACUUUAACCAGAGUAACUUGAUGAAACAUUGUCUCAAAACAAACAAACCAACUAAACCAAAUGCGUUCAUACAAUAAGAAUAUAAAAAGUCUUAAAAAUAAUCUUUAGAAAGCAGACAUGCUAAAUGUUACAUAAAAUUUCCUUAAAGAUAUAUAUGUAAAGUAUAUGUGAGACCUACAUUUCCUAUUUAGGCUCACAAUACAUUAAUGAGUUAUAUACAUAUAUGUGUGUGUGAAUAUAUAUCAUAUACUGCACAUUUAUAUUCCCAAAUCUAAAAUAAUUUAAAAUCUAACAGUUAUGAUCUCAAGGACUUCAGAUAAGGGCUUCUUAACCUUAUAAACAAACAUUUUAUAGGUCAGUUAGUCCCACAUAGUUGUGAAUUUCAGCAUGCCAGAUGACAAUGUUUAAAUACACAUUUCUCUUGAUAAAUAUAAAGGUGAUCAUAGUUUUAAAAAACUACAAAAUUUUAAUUAAGGACCCAAUACAUAAAUCAGUUAAACAUUAGCUAAUUCAGUUGAAUUCAAAUGAACAAUAGACAUGCUUUCUUGUUUUUUUUUUUUAAACUAUAUAAAAUUGAUCAUCUUUAUUUCUAGGUUCCAUAUCACUGGCUUAAGCCAACUUCACAUAAAAAUAUCUGGGAAAAUAUUGCAUCUAUACUAAAUGUAUACACCUUUCCUGUUAUUAUUAUAUAUAACCAAUAAAGUGUAGCAUCAAUUUAUAUAACAUUUACAUUCUAUUAUGUGUUAUAAGUAAAUUAGAGAUGAUUUAAAGUAGGAGGGAGGUUGUUUGUUAGACACGGACUCUAUGCCAUUUUCUAUAAAGGAGCUGAGCACCCACAGAUUUUAGUAUAAUUACUCCUGAGUCGAGUAUCCUCAGACUAUAAUAUCAUUGAUCCUAGCACCCAAAUCCUGAGUGAUCACUGGAGUUGGAAUCACAGAGUACAUGUCAUUUGGGCCUUUACAAAAUUAACCUAUAGUAUAAAUAUUUUUAUAUGUUAAAUAGCCUUAAUAAUUAUAAACGUUUGCCUAAAAUUGUGCUAUCUAGUAACAGUUUUAUUAUGCCAGUUGGUCAUUAUGGUCGGAUGUUUGGACUUAUAAUAAAAUACUGAAACUUGUUUAUAUACAA